ACUAGUAGUAAUAGCAGCGCACAUGGAUUGCUGAACGUUUUAACUAACUUCGCAACAUGUUACUGGCUAUUUAGCUGCUGUUAUUCUUCCAUUUAACAUGGCUGAAGCGGCAACUUCAUCGCGGAGAGGAGUUUUGGACUUCAGUCCAGUAAAGAGAGAGGACGCCAACAAGGAGAAUGAUGUUCCGAUUUUGAGUUUGAUCCAGUUUUCCAAGGCUCCUUUUGUGACGUUUGGAUCGGUAAAGUUGGGAUCCUCCAAAUCGGCUGUUCUGCGAAUUGAGAACCCUACAGAGGAUGCAGAGGCCGAGGUUACUGUCGAAAAGAUCCCCUCAAGUAAAGGCUUUUCUGUGGACCACAACACGUUCACGAUUCAGCCUGAGGGGUCAUUCAGUUUGACAGUAACCUGGACUCCAUCAGAGGAAGGUGGAAUCAGAGAGCUCAUCAUCUUCAAUGCCAAUGGGGUCCUCAAGCACCAGGCUGUUCUGCUGGGGAGAGCAGAGGCACCGAAAAGGAAAAAGAAAAGCUUAUGGGACACAAUCAAAAACAAAAGAGAAGGUGCGAAAGUAGCUGCACCCAGGAGAAAGAAAACAGAUCAACCACUGAAGAUGGCAGCCAAUAAAACCUUCCAGGUGUCCAGAAAGCCUCAGUACAAACGGGAUAAGCCCCGCAGCCCACUUGUUUCUCUCAACGAGGGCAAAGCGGUCAGAGAGAGGUCCCUCUCGAAGCACAGUCCUGUUGACGAUUACCCUCAGAAAUCAGAGGAGCAGAAGGCCUUGAAUUCCACCUUGAGGCAACGGUCUCUGGUCUCAUCAGACCAGGAGAAUAUCCAUCAUGUUCAGAGGAACUGUCCUCUUGUCCUACUUGUCCCAGCCGGAAAGCUGAUGGACUCUGGCAACAUGUCUGCGAGCCCAGAUGCUUUGGCGGGCAAACCGGAAAACAAAGAUCUUACCAAGAUGCUCAACCGGACGCUGUCUCCUAUUGGGACGCCAGAGAUGUUUAGGAAGCUCAUGCCUCACAUUCAGUCAGACAGCCCACUUUCUGCUACUGUAAAGUCUGUGGCUGGUGCUGAUGGUGGUGAUAGUGUGUUAACUGGAUCCCCAGUUCUCUCUUUGAAAGAUGCACUGGCCCUCAUUGACUCUGAUCUGAGCCACAUGAACACCAGUCCUCGAGACACUAGUUCGAGCUGUGGCUUUUCAGAUUCGCUGGAAUCCAAGAGUGGGAAUCGUGACCGUGGACCUGACCAAAACCUCCUCAGAGCUUUACCCGAUAGCCCACUGGGGUCUGAGUUCAACGAGCCAAGACUUACUUUCUUCGUCAGCAAGACUGCUGUGAGUGGGGUUGUUGUCUCAGAGGCGGAUAAGGCUACGGAAAGGGUCAAAAAGGCCUCUUUUACCUCUGCUACAGUGACCAAGAGCAAAGCACCCGUGGAGGCAAACAGUUCGAGUGGAAGGAAAAUAAAGAAGUCAAGGCGGAGGCUCUUAGAGAAAACACUUGAGCUGUCUGAUGGCAGCAGUCAGUGUGAGUCUGGACCAGACACUCCAAGCCUGCCUGUUAUAGACCCAGACACAGGGAUCAAGGGAUGGCAAAACCCUCACGCUGCAAACUCCCUGUGUGACGACAGACAUCAAGCCCAGGAGUUUAUGUCCUCCAGCUUCACUCCACAGCUCGACAGCUCACCUCCAUCUAUUGCUCCUGCCCGCUUCUCUUUCUCAGCCACUUCCCCUCCUCCUACACUCGCUGCUCCCAUUGUUUUUUCUGCCACCUCUCCAUUGCCUUUGGGAUCAUCUUCUCCUCUUCACCUCAACCUCACAUCAAACCCCAGUGUGUAUGAGCUGUCUCCAGCUGUUCCCGCACCUCCGCCCAUUCAGGAAGACUCGUUUCCCAUUUACAUGGCCGUGAAGAGCAAGAAGAGGAAGAGUGAGGAGUAUCUAAAAAGUGACGGGAAGGUGGAGGAUGCCGCGAAAACGGAGCGUGUCAAAAGGACCAGGGUGGUAACAGGAAAAACUGAGCCCCCAAGAUCGGUCCAGGAGAGGAGAAGUGCAUCACAGAGGCAACAGCUGAGAACAGCAGGCUCGGUGCGCUCCAUGACUUCAUCAUCUCUAAAAACUGCACGGCCUGCGGUUCCUGCCCAGGCAAAGCAAUCAAGCUCCAAACUCACCUCAAGAGGUGCCCUGUCUCUAAAGUCGUUUGGUGCUCAAUCUGUGAAGACGGCAAAAAUUGUUGCUGUAGCACAGUCAAAACUGACCUUUGUUAAACCAGCGCAAACAGCCAUACCGAGACACCCGAUGCCGUUUGCUGCCAAGAACAUGUUCUAUGAUGAGAGGUGGAUUGAGAAGCAGGAGAGGGGAUUCACAUGGUGGAUCAACUACGUCCUCACCCCAGAUGACUUUAAAGUCAACACUGAAGUCGCUAAAGUGAAUGCUGUAUCCAUUGUCAUGGGCAGCAAUGACAAGUAUAGUGUCCCCAAAGCUCCCACCAGAGAGGAGAUGUCUUUUAGCACCUACACGGCCCGAAGGAAGCUAAACCGCCUCCGUCGUUCUGCCUGCCAGCUGUUCACAUCUGAGGCCAUGGUCAAGGCUAUUCAGAGGCUCGAACUGGAGGUGGAGGCCAAGAGGCUGCUCGUCCGCAAAGACCGCCAUCUUUGGAAGGACAUUGGUGAACGCCGAAAAGUCCUCAACUGGCUUCUUUCAUACAAUCCACUGUGGUUACGGAUUGGGCUUGAGACGAUCUACGGGGAGCUGAUCUCACUGGAAAGCAACAGUGAUGCGUUAGGUCUGGCUAUGUUCGUCCUCCAGCGGCUGCUCUGGAACCCAGACAUCGCUGCGCAAUACAGACACGCCAAAGUGCCUAACCUUUACAAAGAAGGCCACGAGGAGGCGCUGUCUCGCUUUACUCUGAAGAAGCUGCUCCUGCUGGUGUGUUUCCUGGACAAAGCCAAAGAGUCCAGGCUGAUUGAGCACAACCCCUGUCUGUUCUGCCUGGAUGCAGAGUUCAAGACAACCAAAGACCUGCUCCUGGCCUUCUCCAGGGACUUCCUGAGCGGAGAGGGGAUCCUCCCCCGGCACCUCGGCUACCUCGGGUUACCCGUCUCCCACGUUCAGACGCCCCUGGACGAGUUCAACUUCGCUGUGAAGAAUUUGGCAGUUGACUUGAAAUGCGGCAUUCGUCUAGUGCGAGUGAUGGAGCUCCUCGUCCAGGACUGGAGUUUGUCGGCCAAGCUCCGUCUGCCAGCCAUCAGCCGCCUGCAGAAGAUCCACAACGUCGACAUGGCGUUGCAAGUGCUCAAAAGCAAAGGGGUCGACCUCAAGGAUGAACAUGGCUCCAUCAUCGAUUCCAGAGACGUUGUGGACGGACACAGGGAGAAGACACUGAGCCUCUUGUGGAAAAUCAUCUUUGUGUUCCAUGUGGAGGUGAUUUUGGACGAGGAUCAGCUGAGGGAGGAAAUUUACUUCCUGAAGAGAACCUUGAGGACCAAGCAGAGGCUGAUGUCUCUGAGGGCUGAUCGGGGCCUUCAGCCGAGUCCUGUGAAGACCAGGGCGGCGUAUGAACACAGCAGCACUAAGGUUACCCUGCUGAUGGACUGGGCUCGAGCUGUGUGUGACUUCUACAAUCUCAAGGUGGAGAACUUCACUGUGACGUUCUCGGAUGGCCGCGUCCUCUGCUACCUUAUCCACCACUACCACCCCAGUCUCCUGCCAGAGAAGGCUGUCAGUCAAAGCACCACUCAGACCGUGGAGUGUUCACAGAGGGGCCGCCUGGAGCUCGACUGCUCAGCCAGCGACUCCGACAACUCCUUUGACACCUUGCCAGCGGGCCUGAACGGCCCAGAUUCUCCAUCAGUGGAAUUUAAAGAGCUGCUGGAGAAUGAGAAAAACAACUUCAGAAUGGUGAACUCUGCUGUGUCUUUCCUGGGUGGGGUCCCCGCCAUGAUCAACCCAGCUGACAUGUCCAACACCAUUCCCAAUGAGAAGGUUGUGAUCUCUUACCUGUCCUUCCUGUGCGCUCGUCUUCUCGACCUGCGCAACGAAACCAGGGCAGCUCGGGUCAUACAGGGCGCAUGGAGGAAAUACAGAUUAAAGAAAGAUCUACAGCUCUACAAGGAAAGAAACAUGGCUGCUUUGAAAAUCCAGUUACUUGUGAGGAGAUUCCUCGAGAAGUGCAGAGUGAAGAGGCAGAAUCAAGCUGCUGGUAUCAUCCAAUCAGUCUGGAGGGGUUAUGUAGCCCGCAACAGACUGAAGCUGAAAAAGCAGGCUGAACUUAGGGCUUUGCAAAAUGAAGCAGCAACUGUCAUCCAGGCUCAAUGGAAGAUGUUUUCGGCGAUGAGGGCUUACCAUCGUCUCAGAUACUAUGCCAUUGUUGUCCAAGCACAAUGGCGAAUGAGGAGGGCAGCCUCUGCUUAUGGAAGAAUCUACUGGGCGGCAGCAGUAAUUCAGAAGCACUCGCGAGCAUGGGCUCUUGCAAGAAGAGAUCGGAUGCAUUAUCUCUCCCUUAGAGCUGCAGCGGUGAAGAUACAGAGAGGGUAUAGAAGAUGGGAAACCCAGAAAACUGAAAAGGAAAACCAUGCUGCCACGGUGAUACAAGCUGUGUUUAAGAAAUGGUACAAGGAAAAAAUGGCUGAAAGAACUGCUGCUGCUGUAAGAAUUCAGUCUUGGUAUAAAAUGCAGAGGUCUCUCCAUCAGUAUAGAAAGAUCAAGGCAAGCACUCUGCUCAUUCAAGCCCAAUAUAGAGGUCAUGCUCAGAGGCGCUGCUUUCAGGUGUUGAAGCUGCAGCACCACUCCGCUACUGUCAUUCAGAGUGUCUUCAGAGGGCACGCUGCCAGAAAACUGGUAGCAAAGAUGAGAUGUGCUACAGUCACAAUCCAGCGUUGGUUCAGGGCCUCUGUGGAAAGAGACGUGGAAAGGCAAAUGUUUGUGAGGAUGAGAUGCGCUGCCAUUACCAUACAGGCAGCUUAUCGUGGUAAAGUGGCGCGGGAAUCUCUGAAAAAACAGUACAAGGCAGCAACAGUGAUCCAGGCAUCUUUUAGGAGGUAUGCUGCCCAAAGGCGCUACCUUCUCUUGAGAAAAGCUGCAGCUGUGAUACAGCAAAAGUACAGAGCCACAAUGUUGGCUCGUAAGACAAAGAAGGAUUAUGAUGCUCUUAGGAAUGCUGCACUCACUGUACAAGCUAACUGGAGAGGCAGAACCGACAGGAAGAGGAUAGAAAAGAGGCAUCAGUGUGCAACAUUGAUACAGGCUUACUACCGUCGGCACAAAGCAGAAGCAGAGUAUAGGUCCAAGAAAGCAGCUGCUGUAGUCAUACAGCAUCGCUACAGAGCUUACGUGGCUGGAAAGGAGAUGAGGAAAGCAUACCUGCACAGGAGAGCAGCCUGUAUUACUCUCCAAGCUGGAUUCAGAGGCCUAAGGGAUAGAACAGAGUUGAAGAAAAAGCACUGGGCAGCAACUGUCAUCCAAUCUUCAGUUAGGAUGUUUUUAUGUAGUAAACGAUAUAUUCUCAUACAAAGUGCAGUGAUUAUCAUCCAAAGCCGAUACAGAGCUCUUGUGGCCUGCAGGGCACAGCAAAAUGAAUACAGAGUGCUAAAGCAGGCUGCUAUAAAGAUACAAGCUGUCUACCGGGGAUUUAGAGUGAGAGAAGACCUAAAGAAGAGGCACAGGGCUUCCACAGCAAUCCAAGCUCAAUUCAGGAUGCACAGAAUGCGUAUGGCAUACCUUGCCACAAAGUGUGCUGCCAUCAUUAUUCAAGAGCACUUCAGGGCCAAAAUGCUCAAGGAUCAACAAAUGCAGCUGUACAGAACAAUGAAAUCUGCAGCUGUACUCAUCCAGGCAGCAUAUCGUGGCUACAGGUCCAGGAAGAAGAUUGCAGAGAUGCACCGAGCUGCUACAAUCAUUCAGAGAAAGUUUCUCACCAUCCGAGAUAGGAAUAGGUUCCUCGCUAUCAAGGCAGCAGCUUUGGUUUGCCAGCAUAGGUACAGAGCAGUGGCCCUGGCAAGAAAAGACCAUUUAGACUAUCUGGUAAAGCGCAGGGCAGUCAUUUGUCUGCAGGCUGCCUAUAGAGGACAUGAGGUCAGAAAGCAGAUACGCAUUCAGCAUACGGCAGCUGUAACAAUUCAGUCUCAAUUCCGAAAAUACCAGCAAAGAACCUACUACAAGAAGCUCCACUGGGCUGCCAAUGUAUUAAAGGUACGUUACAGAGCCAACAAGAAAAUGAGAGAGGAGAUGCAAGCCCUGAGUGCCAAGAGAAAUGCUGCUGUUGUCUUACAAGCCGCCUUCCGUGGAAUGAAAUCUAGACGAAUCAUCAAACAAAGGCAACAGGCUGCCAGUGUUAUCCAGAGAGCUUACGGAGCACACUGUGAGUGCAAGCAGUAUCUUACCUUGAAAUCCUCUGUGCUCACCAUUCAGCGGAGGUAUCGGGCCACUCUAGCAGCAAAGGCACAAAUGAAACAAUACCAGUGUACACGCAGAGCAGCAGUCCUGCUUCAGGCAGCAUACAGAGGGCAGCAGGUCAGGAAAGAGAUUGCUCAUCGCCAUCAGGCUGCCACUGUCAUCCAGUCUGUAUUCAGAAAGCACAGAGAGGUAGUCAAAUUCCAGGCCAUGCGUCUGUCUGCCAUUAUCAUCCAGAGAUACUAUCGCUCCUGUAUUCUUCAGAGGCAAGUAAGGGAAAAGUUCAUAAAAAUUAAACAAUCCACCAUUAUUCUUCAGGCAGCUUACAGAGGCCAUUGUGUUCGAAGCAGCAUUUCCAAGAUGCACAAGGCAGCUACUGUCAUUCAAACAAACUUCAAGAGGCAUAAGCAGCAGUCAGCCUUUAGGAGACAACGCUGGGCAGCAUGUGUCUUACAGCAGAGGUUUAGAGCUCAGAGACAGAGAAAUGUUGAGAUAAAACAUUAUCAACAGCGCAGGGAAGCUGCUAUUGUGUUACAGGCUGCAUAUCGUGGAAUGAAAUCAAGACGGAUCAUCAAACAAAGGCAUCAGGCUGCCAGUGUUAUCCAGAGAGCGUACAGAACACACUGUGAACACAAGCAGUAUCUGACCUUAAAAUCCUCCAUUCUCACAAUCCAGCGGAGGUACCGGGCCACUGUAGCAGCAAAGAAACAAAUGCAAAAAUACCAGAAAAUGCGCAGUGCUGUUGUUGUUCUUCAGGCUGCAUAUAGAGGCCAGCAGGUCAGAAGAGAGAUUGCUCAGUACCAUUGGGCUGCCACUGUGAUCCAGUCUGCAUUCCGAAAGCACAGGGAGGAGGUGAAAUUCCAGGCUAUACGUCUGUCUGCCAUCAUCAUCCAGAGACACUAUCGCUCCUGUAUUCUUCAGAAACGAGACAGAGAAAAGUUUCUUGAAAUGAGACAUUCUGCUGUUGUCCUUCAGGCAGCAUACAGAGGGCAGCAGGUCAGAAAGGAAGUCGCACGUUGGCAUCAGGCUGCCACUGCGAUCCAGUCUGCAUUCAGAAAGCACAGAGAGGAAGUCAAGUUCCAGGCCAUGCGCCUGUCUGCUGUUAUCAUCCAGAGAUACUUUCGCUCCUGUAUUCUUCAAAGAAAAGAAAGGGAAAACUUCCUAAAAGCAAGACAUUCUGCCAUCGUUCUUCAGUCAGCUUUCAGAGGUCAUCUUGUGCGAACCAGCAUUGCCAAGAUGCACAAGGCAGCUACUGUCAUUCAAGCCAACUUUAAGAGGCAUAAACACCAGUCAUCUUUCAGGAGACAUUGCUGGGCAGCCUGUGUCCUGCAACAGAGGUUUAGAGCUAAGAGACAAAGAAACAUUGAUACUAUACAUUACCAAAACUGCAGAAAGGCAGCCAUUGUGUUACAGGCUGCAUAUCGGGGAAUGAAAUCCAGGCAGAACAUUAAACAAAGUCACCAAGCUGCCAGUGUUAUCCAGAGAGCUUACAGAACACACUGCGAACACAAGCAGUAUCUGACCUUAAAAUCCUCCGUUCUGACCAUCCAGCGGUGGUAUCGAGCCACUGUAGCAGCCAAGGAACAAAUGCAAAAAUACCAAAAGAUGCAAAGAGCAGCAGUCCUCCUUCAGGCAGCAUACAGAGGGAAGCAGGUCAGGAAAGAGAUGGCUCACUGGCAUUGGGCGGCCACUGUGAUCCAGUCUGCAUUCAGAAAGCACAAACAGGAAGUCAAAUUCCAGGCGAUACGUCUAUCAACCAUUAUAAUUCAGAGAUACUAUCGGGCCUGUAUCCUUCGAAGAAAAGUAAGGAAAAACUUCCUAAAAGCUAGACAGUCUGCCAUUAUUCUUCAGGCUGCUUUCAGAGGUCAUCGUGUGCGAGCCAACAUUGCCAAGCUGCAUAGGGCAGCUACUGUCAUUCAAGCAAACUUCAAGAGGCAUAAGCAGCAGUCAGCCUUUAGGCGACAACGCUGGGCAGCCUGUGUCUUGCAGCAGAGGUUUAAAGCUCAGAGACAAAGAAAUGUUGAGAUAAAACAUUAUCACGAGGUUAGGAAAGCUGUCAUUAAUUUACAAGCUGCCUUUCGUGCAAUGAAAUCCAGAAGAAUCAUCAAACAAAGGCAUCAGGCUGCCAGUGUUGUCCAGAGAGCCUACAGAGCCUACUCUGAACGCAAGCAGUAUCUGAAAUUGAAAUUGUAUGUCCUCACCAUUCAGCAAAAGUAUCGGGCUACUGUAGCAGCUAAAGCACAAAGAACACAGUACCUGGAAAUGCACAGUGCAGCCAUCAUUGUGCAGUCAGCAUACAGAGGGCAGCGGGUCAGAAAGGAGGUUGCUCGUUGGCAUCAGGCUGCCACUGCGAUCCAGUCUACAUUCAGAAAGCACAAAGAGGAAGUCAAAUUCCAGGCCAUGCGUCUAUCUGCCAUAAUCAUCCAGAGAUACUAUCGCUCCUGUAUUCUGCAAAGAAAAGAGAGGGAAAACUUCCUAAAAGCGAGACAUUCUGCCAUCAUUCUUCAGGCAGCAUUUAGAGGCUGGUGUGUCAGGAGGGACGUUGGUCAACAAAAUCAAGCUGCUGUUGUGAUCCAGUCAUGCUGGAGAUGCUCAGUGCAGAGGCGUAUCUUCCAAAGAAAGAGGGAGGCAGCUGUGAAACUUCAGCGGAGGGUGCGGGCAGUGCAGCUGGGCAGGUUGGAGAGGAACAACUACACCCAAUCUAGGCGAGCUGCCAUCACACUUCAGACACACUGCCGUGCCUGGAUUGCAAGACAAAAGGUACUAGAGGUAGCCAAGGCAGAGAGAAGGCUCCGUUUUACAUCGGCGGUCUUCCAUCAUCUCAAGGCCGUAAAGAUCCAAAGAGCUCUGAGAGCCCACUGGGCUUUGGAGUCAGCCAAAAGACAAAUCCAUUCUGUCAUCACAAUACAGCAAUGGGUGAGAGCGAGGCAGCAGAGGAGACGGUAUUUGGAGGACAGGAGCAAAGUGGUUACAGCCCAGAGAGCUGUCAAGCGCUGGUUAGCUCGUCGCCGCAAGGCUGCGUCCGUCAUCCAGCAGGCCGUCCGGAAAUUCCUACUUCUCAGGCGCCAGAAGAGGGUUCAACAGGGCAUUGUCAAAGCUCAGGCUCUGUGGAGAGGACACCGCUCCCGCCGACUGAAUGACAAUCCCAAGGUGGUGAAGCUGAGACACCGUUUGCGUAAAGUCUCCGCUGAAAUCCGGGAGGAGGACAAACUGUGCAACAAGACAUCGUCUGCCCUGGACUAUCUCCUACGAUACAAACACUUCUCCUACAUUCUAGAGGCCCUGAAAAACCUGGGUAAGGCCUUUCAGUUUCUGGAGCGACUAUAGAGCUCCCUGCUACAAACAUAGUUUAGCGGGAAUGCUAAUGUGGAUUCUGCCAAGACACUCCAUGUCAUGUUUUAAUUUUACAGUUGUAUCUGAUGUACAGGUAGUAAAACAAAUCCUGUAUUAGGCCAAAAGCAACUGGAUUUACUUUGUAAUCUGGAGGACAUUUUGCAACACAUCACCCAGC